AUGACAGACAUUCCAAAGGAAAGCUUUGAAACCUUCAUUUUCUCCGACUCCUUUGAUCCUAGUAAUUCAAAUUUAAUUCCUAUGGAUGAUGGUAUAUUCUUUGAACUCUUGUCCCAAACUAUGCCCGACCCAAUUCUGUGGUCUUCUACUUGGCCAUCUCGUCUCAGUCUGGAGCCAAUUACUACCACUAAUAUGAAUAUCAACAACAACAACAACAACAACAACAACGCUUCUGCCACUUCUACUGCUACUGCUAUUGCUUCUACUUCUGUUACUGUUACUGCGACCAAGAGAUCUUCAAAUGCGCGUCUAGGAUAUUGUCAGCACCCCAAGCACAUGUACUAUCGUGUCCAUGGUCUCCACCCUCAUCCACCCUCCACCCCUCGCCGAGGAAGACCUCCAAAAGGUGUGGCAUCUGUUCCAUCUCAGCAUCUCAUGACUGUCCGCCCACUACCAAAGAGACUCGAGCAAGUCGUAGGAGAAUCAAGUAUUAAAGUAUGUCUUACUUGUCUAAAGCGCAGUGAUUUGGAUCAAGCAUACACAUCCCAUCCACUUUAUAUCGGGCCACAACAGCUAUUUAAAUCGACCAACCAAUAA